AUGGGCGUCCUCUCACAAACGCUGUGCAGCGUGCUGUUGUGCCUCCGUUUUGCUCUCACAUCAGCAACAGUUGAAGAAUUAUCAGGCGGAGAAGCAGCGCGCCAUCAACCUGCAGACAACCCAAAUACUGUUGUACAGAUUGAUUUCUCGCGCCAGUUCGAAGAAAUAGACAUCCCGAAAUGCGCUCGUCAGCAAGUCGUGCAGGUGACGCUGGCAGAUCGCGACGUCGCCUGUUUGCUCCCUCGGAGAUCCUCCACAGGAUUGCAAAUGCUGGAUAGACUGCAGCAAUUUCUGACAGAUUCGCCAGAUGACGACCCGGAAAAGGUGUUAAUUGAGGUGGACUCCUCUGCAGAUAAACAGGAAUGCACUAUGCCCAGUCGAAUCUCGAAAGAACUCCACGUGGGAAGCCCAGAGCUUCAGAGCUACUUGAGGGCCGCUCGAUUGCGGUGGCUCUUGGACAGAUGCUUCCGUUUUUCGGACGUCGGCGUCAAAGACUGGCGAUAUGAACUCUGUAUUGGGAGAAAGAUAACACUUUUCAAGAGCAAUGCGCUGUCCGGAAAGACAGUCGGGAAGAGUUUAUUUGAGUUGGGUACAUACGCCUCUUCGAUGGAUCAGCUCUGGGCCGAUGGCACGAUGACGCAAUGGUACACGGGGGGCACUGACGGCCGUCGGACGGAAGUUCGCUUUGUGUGUGGCGAUACGCAUCCUCGAGUUAAGGGCAUUUCGGGGCCUAACGAGGGGAAGUAUCGCGUAUGGUUGGAGGCGCCCAUGUUUUGUGAUUAUCGAGAGAAUGCGCCGGAUCCACCCUUGACUGAAUCGCUGAUAAGAAGUCUCGAGGGCUGGUGCUCAACCUUCUCGACAGACGGCUGGUGGUCUUACGAAUACUGCCACCCUGACAGUUUGGUGGAGUUCCACAAGGAGCCAAACGGGGAUAUUACAGGUCCCAUGCAUCUUUUGGGUACGUUGCAUGCGUCUGGAGACGCGGCGGAGAUGAUAUUUAAGCGGCCCAACCCGGCAAACCCAACUCUGAGGGGCACAGAUACCCUUCCCCCCAAGGCAAACGGGCAACCUCGCUUCAAGUUUUUGCCCGUGGAAAUCGUGGAGAGGCCGAAGCAGUUUUCUAAGAGUUCGAUUCCUGCUUCAAAUAAGGUCUUGGCAUUGCAGCUGACGAACGGAACCACCUGUGAGGGCACAGACGUACAACGGAGCACACGAGUCCUGUUUGAGUGUCCAGUGGACUUUCCCGUCCUCGCAAGCCACCGCAUUGUCCACAUCGAAGAGGCAGUCCUGGGGUACCCCAUAGGGGCCCCAUUCGCGCAUAACCCCGUCCCCGCUAGCUGGAAGGGUUUAGACGAGACGGAGGACAGCACUGCAAAAACCCAUGACAAAGGGAAGAACCGGAAAGCCAAACCUCCCGUCAAUGCCCAGCUAGAGGCGGUGCCCAGGGAGAGGAUACAAAUGCUUAAAGAAGGUGCAAGCCCGUUUUUCGGUUUAAGUUCGGACGUGCGUAAGCGGAUAUCGGUGGAGGAGCCGCAGUUCAAGAUUGGCGAACUCGUAAGACACCGCUGGUGGCAGUACACUGCCGUUGUGCUCUCCUGGGAUACCUCCUGCAAAGCGCCGGAGGACUGGCUGAACCGGGUACGGGCAUCUCUCAUCUGCGUACACUACGACUUUGUGACAAAUUUGCAUCUGCAGGCAGGACUGGAGCUUAUAUCUGAAGACAUUUCUGAAUUCACUCAUCCAGAUGUUUCGUCCUUCUUUGAGGUGAGCAGACUUGACGACUCGCGGUUUCUUUGGAUGCUGCACCAAUGUAGGCGACGUCAACGCCGUUUGCAACUCCUCAGCGACAGCUUCCUGGCUACUCGGUUUCCCGCAGACGCCGGCUUGUAA